UGUCUAUGUCCAUUAUUUACCAUCUUUCUUUCUAUAUAUCUAUCUAAGCUAUCUCAAUUUAUUGUAUUUCUUAAAUUAUAUUCUCAUCACAACGUAACCAUUGUCAUAGAUUUUCGCAAAGAAGCUAGAUUUGAGUAAGAUUCAUUGGCCGAUCAAUAUGGCAAACGCAAUCUUCAUCACUCACAACAAAUCUUCAUUAAUUGUUGCUCCAAGAACAUUCCACAAAUGUCAAAGUUCAAAGGUAGACAAUGUUCGAAUCAGUUUCGGAUCCAACAUCAAAUUUAAUAGCUCCUGUGUUCCACAACAGAAUCUUCUUCCACUCAGAAGAAACAUGAACAUUAUUGUGUGUGCCAGCACACAACCAGGGCCACCUCUUCCUGUUAAUCCUUCUCCUUUUCCUUCCCCUUCUAAUUGGAAACUAUGGGUGGUUGGAACCAUAUUCACGAUAGUGAUGUCAUUUUCGAAGGGCAAAUGGGGUCCUUUGCUACUUCUCAAAGAGAAAGUUGAAACAACAAUAGAGGAAGCAGAAAGAAUCGCAGACGUGAUAGAAGAGGUGGCAGAGAGAGUGGACAAGGCGGCUGAAGAAGUUGUGAAGAUUAUUCCUGAAGGAAAACUUCGUGAUGCUGUUGAAUUCGUUGAGAAAGUGGCUGAAAAUGUAGACAAGAUUGCUGAAAAUGCAGGAGAUACACUGGAAAAGGUAGAUGAUAUGGAAGAUGAGUUGGAUUCAUUGUUGAAAUCAUUGCCUAAGCAACAAAUAAAUGCUGUGACAACUACAGAAUCAAAAGAUCAAAAGUAGAGAAAAACCAAUUAAGUGGUAAAUGUGUAAUUUUAGAAGAUCUGUAGGAUUUUAUUUUUAUUGGGAGGGGGUUCAUGGGGGAAAAGUUGGUUAUUCAUUAUUUGUAUGCUUGUAAUUUUAUCUUCAUAUUUAUAAAAUAAAUGUUGUAAGGAACAGUUAAAAUUUCUUCCUGAUUUAAUAAAUAACAUUCUUUCAUGGUGUA